GUGUUAAAGUACGGAGGGACAAGACUCAGCUGACAGUCAGCGUGAACCAGUUCAUGAAGAAGCUUGAGGAUAUUUCAGACGACGAAGCUCACGAGGUCCUGGAAGAGAAGAACUAUGUUGCUGCUCUUGGAGUAUGUGCCCAAGAUGAACUAGGAAAUGGCUCAAGUGUAAGUGGUGAUGAAGUUUACUCAUUCCAGACUCACAAACGCUCCAGCAGAAUGACAGAGCUGGCCUCUGAAUUAGCACAGACACCAGGACGCAGCAUUGGCCCUGAUUGCUCCGAGUGCCCUGAGAAGACAGCCCAAACCCCUCAAAGCAGCAAACGAUCGAAUUCAAACAAAGCCCAGCAGAGGAGUAAAAAGAAGGAAUUUGUGUCUACUACACCUUACAGACUCAGAAAGAGGCUAGCAGCUCCAGAUCAGUAUUUAGAAAGCGAAAGUGAAUAUUCUGCUUCCUGCUCAGAGGAGGAUGAGGAGGAGGAGGAAAACCCGAAAGAAGUCAGCACUGCUUUACCAGGUCGAAAUACCCCUGCAGAAACUAAGGCAGCAUCCACACCUCCCAGAAACAACCUAGCCAGAAAGCAUAAGGAGGAGAAGAUGAGCAACCUGGUGGAGGAAUAUUUUGAAGCUCACAGUAGUUCCAAAGUGCUCACUUCAGACCGAACUCUGCAGAAGUUGCGGAAGAGGAGACUGAAUCAGGAAACACUGCAUGACCUUUUGAGAAAAGCUCCCCUUGCCUAUGCUGAAGAAAUUAAAGAGCUAAACCAGCAGCAUGAAUCCCUGUUUUCCAAGUGGAUGCUGCAAUUACACUUGGGUUUCAAUAUCGUGCUUUAUGGACUGGGCUCAAAGCGUGAUUUGUUAGAGAAGUUCCGUACCUCUAUGCUCCAGGAUUCUGUUCACCUUGUGGUUAAUGGAUACUUCCCCAGCAUCACUGUGAGAUCUAUUCUCAGCUCUGUCACAGAGGAGGUACUGGACCAUGUAGGGACCUUCUGCAGCCCCCUUGACCAACUUGAAUUCAUCAAUAAAAAGUUUAAAGAAGAUUCAUCUUUAGAGCUCUAUGUCCUCAUUCAUAACCUGGACAGCCAGAUGUUGAGAGGAGAGAGAAGCCAGCAGAUCCUUGCACAGUUAUCCUCUCUGCCUAGCAUUUACCUCAUUGCCUCUAUCGACCACAUCAAUGCUCCUCUCAUGUGGGACCAGGCAAAGCUAAGUCUCUACAACUGGCUUUGGUAUGAAACAACAACAUUUAAUCCUUAUGCGGAAGAAACAUCUUACGAGAACUCCCUUUUAGUACAACAAUCUGGGUCUUUGGCUUUGAGCUCCCUAACACAUGUCCUGCGCAGCCUCACUCUCAAUGCCAGGGGGAUAUUCAGACUGCUUGCUCAGUACCAACUGGAGAACAAGGACAACCCAUCCUAUCCGGGGCUCUCUUUCCAAGACUUCUACCAGCAGUGUCGAGAGGCUUUCCUUGUGAACAGUGACCUGACACUCAGGGCACAGCUGACAGAAUUCAGGGACCACAAGCUUAUCCGGACCAAGCGGGGAGCUGAUGGUGUGGAAUACUUAUUAAUUCCUGUAGAUGACACUACCCUGACUGACUUCUUAGAGAAAGAGGAUGAAGAUGUAUAACGUCUGUGUUCUCAAAGCAUCUGCG